ACACAUACGUGUACUACCCGAGUCGAGUCUUGUCCGCUAUCAAAAUUCUCAUACUAUUGGCAUCGCUCAGCCGUUGGGCUGCGAAACACGUGAAAAUGCGUUCGCUCGGUCUGUCCGCCUUGAGCCUGGCGUUGACCGCCGUGGUCAUCGGGAAUGCCUUCUAUCAGAAAAAGCAGUUUUACCCGUCGGUGGUCUACAUCACAAAAUCCAAUCCUUCGAUGGCAGUGAUAUAUAUUCAAUUUUUUGUUAUAGUACUUAUGUUGGGUAAAUUAUUAAGAAAAAUAUUCCUGGGAACAUUACGACCAGCCGAAUUCGAGCAUUUAAUGGAACGAUUCUGGUAUGCUCUAACAGAAACAUGUUUGGCAUUCACAGUAUUUCGAGACGACUUUAAUCCGCGCUUCGUAGCACUUUUUACCGUAUUAUUGUUUCUUAAAUCAUUCCAUUGGUUGGCUGAGGAGCGUGUGGACUAUAUGGAGAGAAGUCCAGUCAUUGGUUGGCUAUUCCACGUCCGCGUUGCCUCAUUACUUUCAGUCCUUGGUCUCUUGGACUAUUUAAUGAUUGUGCAUGCAUAUGAGUCGGUAGCGCUGAAGGGUCCUACAGUUCAGCUUGUGUUUGGCUUUGAAUAUGCAAUUUUGAUUACGAUGGUUGCGAACACAACGGUUAAGUAUGUUCUGCAUGCGGCCGAAUUGCGCGCUGACAGCCCGUGGGAAAAUAAGGCUGUAUUUUUGCUGUAUACUGAGCUGGUCAUUGGACUGAUCAGAGUCAUAUUGUAUGUGCUGUUCGUUAUUAUAAUGGCGAAAAUCUAUGCUUUACCGAUGUUCGUAUUCCGCCCAAUGUUCUUCACAAUGAGAAACUUCAAGAAAGCUCUGAACGAUGUGAUUAUGUCACGGCGUGCAAUACGAAACAUGAAUACACUCUAUCCAGACGCUACACCCGAAGAACUGGCGAUGUCUGAUAACAUAUGCAUUAUUUGUCGCGAAGAUAUGGUGAGUAAUUCGAAAAAGCUGCCGUGCGGUCAUAUAUUCCAUACAACGUGUCUACGAUCAUGGUUCCAACGCCAGCAAACUUGUCCAACUUGUCGACUGAACAUUCUGCGCACACCAACCAAUGUCACUUCAUCGCCUCCACCGCCACGUCCAGAGGGAGUGAAUGCACCGAAUAUCAAUCCAAAUGCCGGCAUACAAGUACCCCUGCCUGGAUUCAACAUGAACAACAAUAAUAACAACAACAACAUAAACAUUGGCCAAGAAAAUCCAUUCACAAAUCUGUUUGCGCAGAAUUUCGGUCAAGCACAAGCUGGAGCAACGGGUGCGAAUGCCGGUGGAAAUGGAACAGCAGGACAGGUACCUCCUCAUGUGCCACCGUUUGUUUUGCCACCAUUUCCAUUCAUGGCCCCGUACGCUAUACCGCCACCUCCCAUGCCGCCUAAUUUGAAUACCUUAACGGAUGAGGAGUUGCGGGCGCUAGAAGGGAAUGAGAGGAGACAUGUCGAGGAACGUUUAAAAUUACUUCAAAACGUUCAACUACUACUUGAUGCAGCCAAUUCGCUUAUGAAUCAAUAUUCACUGGUCACCGCUCGUCUUCCACCAAUUCCCGCUGCUGCCACAUCAUCAACCGUCGUGCCACCAUCAACAGCAGUUUCAGGGGCGGCGUCAACAUCAUCAUCAACACCAACCGCCAACAGUGUCUCGCCCGAACCCUCAACCAGCCAAGCUGCAUUCGAUCCCGCAGCCGCCAAAUCAGCUACACCCAAAAAGGAUAUCAUAACGCCCGUUAAAAGCGCUCAAAUUGACACAAACAAACCCCAAUCGACCCUACCCGAAAUCGAGAAGGAUGUUCGCAUCGAGGAUUUAGGUAGCGAGGAGCAUGCAGAUACAGUUAAGCAUUCGCAACAUAAUUCCACGCCGACACCCAGCACGAGUAGACAAACGAGCGAAGUUGACCCGGACGACACUGAAUUGUCCGAAAUUCGAAGGAGAAGACUGCAAAAAUUCCAACAACAGAAUGAUAGUGUGAAAACGACAACAAAUGAAUAAGAAGGAUAUGUUUGCUAUAUCAUAUUAAUAAUUAAAUUAAAAACUGAAAAAAAAAUCUGCAAAAUAAGCAAUUGAUGUUUCCCACAAAAGACCCCCUGGAUUAGAAGACAUAGUUGCACCUCGUGUGUCCCGACUUGAAGUGAUCCGUUGCCUGUUGGUUUUCUACGCGGAUGGAAUAUUUAAGUAUGAACCAAGCGAAAUUUGUGUGAAAGUAGUUUGGAAAUUCACCCCUACUCCUUGAGAUGACGAGGACUUUCUCAAUGAGGUUCCUUAAGUAUCAGAAAUUGUCAAGUUUACUUUCCCUUCAGUCCUUUUGCUCCUUAACCCAAUGUAUCUAUCGUAGGGGAAGUGAAUGACGAUUUUAAUUCGGGUGGAAAGUGUAGAUGUUAAUUUGUAAGUUUUGAGUUCCGGGGUCGGAGUCGGGAUGAACUUUCCAAUGAGGUACGUAGACAAAUUGAUUCAAGCGCUCAAAAUGCGUUGUUUAUGAUGAAGUCGGAAUUAAAUUUAAGUUGAUUUACGAUGCUGUGAAUCGUUGACUAUAAUAGCUCCUAAUGCAAUGAUAUCCUUGUACAAGUUUCGCUUUGUUCAUAAAACUAAUUGUAAAUAUGCAUUAGAUUUCCUCAAAUGCAUUUUUGUAUAAACUAAGAAGUCCGUUAUUUUUUAACUUUAUUUUAUUUAUAUCAUAAUAUAACACACAAAACCUUU